CGUUGAAAAAAGAUGAAAAGAAGUAUGUAUCUGUAUACUUUUCGAUUGCUGAUAGUGAUUCCCUAGCCUUGGGGUGGGAGGUUAAUGCCAUCUUCACCUUCUUCCUCCACAACCAAUUCUCAGACAAUUACUCCUGCUUUCGAGGAAGGACAAGACGCUUCAAUGAUUUUAACAACAAAUGGGGAUUUUCAAAUCUGAUGCCGCUCAACCGUUUAAAAGGGUAUAUUGUGGAUGACGUUUGUGUGUUCGGGGCUGAAGUUUUUGUCCUAAAAACCCAGCUAGUCGUCGAAUGCUUGAGUUUGGUACAAAACAGUGCUACGAUUACGCGCGAUUGGAAGAUCUAUGGCUUCUCCAAACUGGUGGAUUUGUGGGUUUCGGAAGAGUUUGUGGUUGCAAAUCACAAAUGGAGGGUGCAGGUGUAUCCUAAAGGAAAUGAUUCUGGGGCCAAGGGUCGAUUCGUGUCCGUUUAUCUUGAAUGUGUAUCAGCAAAGAGCUUUGCUCAACACCAGAAGAUUAAGGCAGAAGUUGAGAUUCGCAUCGGUGAAACCGACGAUGGUCACUUUUCCUAUUACAGCAAGUUUGAUCAUUGGUUUAGGUCAUCUAUGGAUCAUUGGGGACAUGAUGAGUUUAUACCAAUUUGUGAUAUGAGAAACUUUCGGAAUGAAGAUUGUGUUUCAUUACGAGUAGAAGUCCAUGUUGAAGCUAUUGUUUCUUGA